UGAAGUUCGAGAAUAAUAAGGACAAGGUGCAGAGGUGGAAGGAUGCUCUAAGCAAAGCCGCUAAAGUAUCUGGAUGGCAUUACAUGAAAGGUUGCUCUACAUAUAAAUCUGAAUCUCACUUCAUUCAAAACAUGUUGAAGAGAUAUCAAGUGCUAAAUUAAAUUGGAUGCCGCUAUAUGUUGCUAAAUACCCAGUUGGAAUAAAUUCUCGUGUAGAGGACAUAGAGUCACUUUUAGAUAUUGGGUUAGAUGAAUUUUGCAUGGUAGGGAUUCAUGGCCUUCCCGGAGUAGGAAAGACUACAAUCGCAAAAGCUGUUUAUAAUAAAAUUGCUAAACAUUUUGAUGUAAGCAGCUUUUUAGUGAAUGUUAGAGAAAAUUUGGGGAUAGAUGCUGGCAUAAUCACACUACAAGAGCAACUUCUUAAUGACAUCUUAGUGGAUGAAAAUUGGAGAGUGGGCAACAUAUUUAGAGGAAUCAGCUUAAUAGAGAAGAGACUUCGUUGUAAAAAGGUUUUUUUAAUUCUUGAUGAUGUCGAUGAUUUGACAAGAAUAGAGAAUUUGCUUGGAAAAUGUAAUUGUUUGCUCCUAGAAGCAGAGUCAUUAUAACAUUAAGAGAUAGAUGCUUGUUAGCUGCCCUUAAAGAAAAACUUUGUAAAAGUUACAAGGUCAAGGGAUUCAAGGUUGAGCAAUUAAACAAACAUGAAGCUCUUCAACUCUUCAAAGACCAUGCCUUUUCGGGAAACAAACCUCAUGAUGAAGAUUAUUCUAAACUUGCAACUAAAUUCAUAGAUUUUGCCAAUGGCCUUCCACUAGCUCUAGAAAUAAUAGCUUGUGAUUUGUGUGGAAAAGCUAAAGAUGAAUGGGAAAGUGCAUUAGAUAUUUAUAACAAAAUCCCCAAUGAAGACAUUAAAAAAAUACUUAGAGUAAGUUACGAUGGAUUGCAUGAAACAGAGAAAGAUAUUUUUCUUGAUAUUGCAUGCUUCUUCAAAGGUUGGAACAAAGAUUAUGUUGUAAAGAUAUUAAAUGCUUGUGAAUUACGACCUGGCUUUGGUAUUCCGAGACUUGUUAAUAAGUGUCUCAUAACUGUUGACGGCUCUGGUAGAUUGUCAAUGCAUGACUUGAUACAACAAAUGGGUAAGGAAGUUGUUCGACAACAAGCACCAAAUAUUCUCAGAAAACGUAGCAGGUUAUGUUUUUAUAAGGAUUCACUUAAAGUACUAACUACAAAUAAGGGAUCAAAAAACAUUCGAGGCAUAAUGUUGCAUUCACGUCAACAAUUAGAGGUGCAACUACACACUGAAGCUUUCAGAAGGAUGGAAAAUCUCAAAUUUCUAAUAGUUGAGAAUGUACAUAUUCAUAAACCACUUGAAUUUCUUCCCAAAAAUUUAAUACUUCUUAAGUGGCCCCAAUAUCCUUUUCACUGGCCAUCAGAAUAUUUUGCUAAACAACUUGUUGCUGUUGAGAUGCCACAUAGUUGCAUUAGAUUGCCAAGGCUAUUCAUGCAGUGCCGGUUAGAAAAUUUGACAGACAUCGAUCUUCAAGGUUGUAAAUUUAUUACGAUUUUACCUAAAUUAUGGGUCCCAAAUUUAGAGAAUUUGAACCUCUCUUAUUGUGAAAACUUAGUUGAGAUUGAUGAAUGCUUUGGAUAUCUUGAAAAGCUUAGAAUAUGGUAUCUCAAUGGUUGCAUAAAACUUCAGUUUCUUCCAAGCCAACUCAGGUUGAAAUCUCUUUAUUCUUUUUAUCUUACUGGCUGCUCAAGGCUUGAGAAGCUCCCUCAUUUUCAUCAAGAAAUGGAAUGUUUAAAGGGUUUAUAUUUAAGUGGGAGUGGUAUUAGAGAGGUGCCUUCAUCAAUCGAGCAUCUCACUAAGCUUAAUACAUUAAUCCUUCAUAAUUGCAAAAACCUUCGGGAUCUUCCAGAUAGCAUUUAUAAAUUGCGAAGGCUUCGGGAAUUGUGGACUUCUACUACCAAAUUGAGACCGAUGUGCAAUUCUUUUGAUAGCUCUUCCGAGGGCUAUGAAUUAUAUCUUUUAACGAUGCCUAACUACUUCCCUGCAUUGGAAAUUUUAAGUCUAUCUUCAAACAAUAUUGUUACCAUCCCUGAAAGCAUUAGCAGAUUUCCCAAAUUAAAAUACCUUUCUAUUACGAAUUGCAAGCUUCUUCAUGAAAUUCAAGGACUUCCCCAAUCGAUAAGAGAGGUUCAUGCGAACAAUUGCAUGUUGUUGGAUACCCAAUCAGCAAGCAGGCUAUUAAAUCAGGUCUCCCUCUUUCUAAAUACCUUACGAGAUUUGCUAAAUGAAAACAUAUCUUGAAUUUUCUAAUUGCAUGCAGGUAAUAGAAAUGACUGGGAUUUUACCAAAUAGAGUAUGUGGCAGUGCAAGAAGCACCAAUUACUUCCCAUCUGAAACUGAAGAUGGAGACAUAUCAAUGGAUCGGCAGUUCUCCAAUCAUUUCCCAUCUGAAACUGAGGGCGUUGAAUAUGAAGAUCGGGACGUUUAUCGAAUUAUGAUUUUUUGGGGAACUAAGAUGCCAGAAUGGUUUAAUCAUCAAAGUGUUGAAAAUUCCAUAUUUUUCUGGGUUGGUCGCAAAUUUCCAAAAUUGGUUGUCUGUGUUGUUCUUGGACGAGAGGGCUUUUAUGGCUCUGUUGACAUUUCCAUCAAUAGUUAUAAAAAACGUGAAUAUGAGCAUAUUAGACACUCUGGAAAUAAUUGUAAUCUACAUUUAUUUUCUCCACCUCAACGGUCUCUACAGGAGCAUUUGAAUGAAUCAAAUCCAACUGACCAGAAUCAUGUUAAGGUUUCAUAUAGAAUCCAUUACCAGAAUCUUGUUGAUGUUACAUAUAGAAACGCGAAUGGUAUAAAAAGGUGGGGGGGGUCCACGUAGAAUGCACCUGUCCUUCUCAAGAAUUUGCUAUACCUAACUUGCCCCUUAUCACGGCUGGACAUGAUGAUGAAGUUGAUUACAACAAAUGAAUACAACUUAGCCUUGGUGGUUUUUGUUUGUUAACUUCAGUCUCUAUUCAUUGUCGUUUCUUUCUGUUUUCUUCUUGCAUUUGAUGACAAGGUAUGUUUCCCCUUUUGAUAAUACUGUUUCAUUUGUGUCUUUUACCCAACGGCAAAGGAUAUCAUAUCAACUUAUAAAUAUUUAUUGUGUUUCUGUAAAAACAAUUGGGAACUGAAUAAGUUUCUGAACUGAAUAAGUUUCUGUAAAAACAAUUGGCAAAGGAUGUCACAAUUGUGUCUUUUUUGGUUAAUGAAAUUGAUUGGGAUGGUUGCAGUUGAAGUCACUGGUAGGCCCUAGAUUUCCUUCUACCUUGGAUGUGAGCUCAGUCUUGUCUUCUUUUGUAUGAUUUUGUUUUUUUAUAUCUGAUUUGUCAAACUGAGAUGCAAAAUUUCUGCUCAGCUUACCAUGUGGCCUUAUUGUGGUGAGGAAAAAUCUUGCAAUUGUUUCCUGGUUUUAUUUAUUCGUUUAGACUUAAUUGGUUUCUUAAUUUAAAAUGGCUGUGCAUUUUAAUUUCGAAGAAAUGCACAUUUUUUCUUAUUUCUUAUUGUUGUUAUUUUUCCGAAGUAAUGAAAAAGUCUAAGAAAUGGGACACAAGAAAUGCAAAUUCUGGAACAGCUUUCAAGAUUAUCUUCUGUAUAAUCCUAACAAGUUAUGAGGCUGAUAUAAUACUGGCCAAAAUUGUGUGCAGUGACAUCUUCCUUAUGUGUAAUUCUAUAUUUUAAACAUCGUAAGCAUUAGAUAGUAUUUCAAUUAGGUAGUAUCACUGUCCUCUGCCAUUAUUUCUUCCGGUUCAACCUGAAUUACUUGAAUUUUACAACUAGUGAACAAAUCUAUCAAAGGCCCAUGUAAAUAUGAAAAUAAAAUUACAUUCAAUGCUUAACUGGACAAAUGAAUUAAAGUUAGAUUUUAUUCAAGUUCAUUAAAAUCCAACUCUUUUAUUCUUUAAGAACAAGCCACAUUGCUUUGGCCACGGACUGUUUGUAAUAUUGAUGCAAAAGGGACAUCUCCUGAGAUAGUUCUUCUAACUCCUAUAGAUAAAUUCAUAAUUCAUAAUUCACCAUUAUCACAUUGCUUUGGCCACGGUCUGUUUGUAAUAUUGAUGCAAGAGGGACAUCUCCUGAGAUAGUUCUAACUCCUAUAGAUAAUUCCUAAUUCAUAAUUCACCAUUAUCACAUUGCUUUGGCCACAUUCUGUUUGUAAUAUUGAUGCAAAAGGGACAUCUCCUGAGAUAGUUCUAACUCCUAUAGAUAAUUCAUAAUUCACCAUUAUCAUAUUGAUGCACAAGGGACAUAUUCUGAAAUAGAUACAACUCCCUUACAUAAUCCUGAACUAUCAUAAAUGAGAAAAAUGUAUAACCAAUUCCAUCAAAUAAUGGGAAAGAAAAUUAAAUAAUCCCAUGCAGGGUGAAGAGAUGUUCCCAUUUAUGCAGCAGCAACAGAGGCACUCUCACUCUCUGUACAUUGAAAUCGAACAAAUGUCAUCCUUCAUCAAAGAGGAAAUGAAAUAUAAUUUUGAAACAAGUAAAUACUCAAAAUUCUGAUAGCAAAUAUAACAAGUUUUUCAUAAUUUUUACUUGAAACAUUGGGGAAUCACUGUUAACAUCUUAGAAGAAACCACCCAGUGGAAGAUCAUAAUUCUCGGGGAAAAACAGCAACAAAAAUCAUAAUGACUAGUAGUAGGUAAUCCAUGUCAUAUAGGUACCAGAAAACUAAUAUAUGAUUCGUUCAAACCAUGCAUAUGACAAAGAGAAUUCCAUUGGCACUCCUUUAUGCUAAAUUCUGUGUCAAAAACUUCAGCUGUAAUAUCAAAAUUUCAUUGUAGUUUUAUUUUUUUAUUUCUAUAUUUUUGCACUGUA